AUGCUCAAAGCGCACUCUGCCUCGCUUUGCAUCCCUCUAAUCACGCUACCGCCUUGCCACGCGCUGCUGUCAAUCUCCAGAGAGGUGGAGCUGGGCGAGAGUCUGAUUUCGAGAACAGAGACGUUGGGUGAGGAAAGUCUUGCGUAGCGGUCUUGGCAUGACCGAUGGCUAAAUCAUGUCUGUGCAUGCUUGGCCCCCUCGUGUCAUCAGCUUCUUUCAGAGAGCUCGGGCCUCCAGAUCUCUGUCACGUCAUCAAGAGCUCAGGACGAGCAGCGGUCAAAGAUGUCAGUGACAGCAGCAUGCCUUUCCUCAACAGCGCCUCUUCCCGCUUCGUAGCUGAUCGUUGUCAUCCCUGCGCUUCCAGGUCGGAUCGUAUCAUUACGUCUCUGGAGUGGACGCGUCCAGCUCUGCUGCCCUCGCUGCAUAUAUCAAUAGCUUGACGUACGAGCUGGAUCAGAAUCAAGCGUGGUUCUCUGCAAAAGGCGGCUGGAAGCUGAAGAGCGGGGCGUACUGGUGCGUGCGACAUCCGUCCCUCGAUGACUCUAUGUGAGCUCUCAUCAAUUCAAAGCGCACCUCUUCUAUCCGCACAGCUGCUUCAAUGCUUUCUCAAGGGUCGAUGUGCGGGUGGAAGUCCGCAUUCCUGGCUCUGUGGACGCUUACGUUGUGGACUUGCGAGGUGAACGACACGAGACCACACCGGAAGUCUGGCAAGAAGUCUACCUCUCAGCACUCCUCCGAGCCAUCCUGUAUGCGGACGACGCCAACUAUCGUCUGGCGGGGUACAGGAAGCUGGACCCCAUCAGUUCGCCAGAUGCCGAACACCGCUUUCUGCAAGCUGCCGAAAAUCUCUUUUUCAAGGGCUGGCAGCUAGGGUCUGAACCCGAGAUCCAAGUCGCUACCGUCGUCUCCAAUCACCUCACCAAUGGCAUCCUCAAGUACUUUGGCGAUGCCAACAGGUACGACCAGGCAGUGAACCUUUUUGAGAAGCUGUACGCAAGGGAGCCGGAAGUUGCAGCUCUUGUAGCUGAAGCCUACAUCGGUCUAAGUGAGUGCGGCGCGUUUUGUGGACAUGCGCACGCAGCACAGCUAUAAUUGGCUGAUCACUCCUGAUUGGUGGACGACAGACGAGGAAGUAAAGGCUGUGCAGACCAUGCACAGAGCGAUCAAGGAGACACCGCAGAGCUAUGCGCUCUUGCAUGUCCAGGUCGAUUUCUUGCGAUCCAAAGGCAAACACGAGUGGGCGGCGAGGCUGGCCAAGCAGGCUGUCAAUUGUGCGCCUAGCGAAUUUGUCACUUGGGCCAAGUUGACGGAGUGCUACAUCGAGCUGGGACAGUGGGAAUCCGUGAGUAAUCUCUAGGCUACGAAGCUCAGGGCGAAUGUAGCAGUGCUGAUGAAAACGACGUUCUCCUACAGGCGCUCUUUACUCUGAACUCCUGCCCCAUGUUUACCUACAACGAGAGGGAUCUGCACAGGAUGCCGACCCCUGCGAGGAGUCACUUGCCAGUGAAACAGUUCAUCCAAGAGAGCGGUCUGCUGAACGAGGACAGCGCGAGGGAUAAUGAGGUGAGCAGUCUCGUCAAGGUGGUCAGAAGUGUGAUAUAUGUAUGCUCAUCCUCCACACUGCUCUUACUGAUGUCAGGCGGACGUAGCGCUGCUUAGGCUUCCCGCACCAGCAUUGAGGGGCACUUUUGCAAGAGCUUACUCGCUGUUGUCCCGGCUCGCUUCCAAGAUAGGAUGGGACGAAUUGCUGCGAUGUCGGUCGGCUGUAUUCGUCAUGGAGGAGGAGUAUAGAGCUCAGAAGGCAGCGCACGACGUUGAGCCUGAAAUUGCCGGAGGAGAUGAUUCCGACGAUCAGAAAGCCAAGGAGGAUCAAGCAGAGGAGGCAAGGCUGCCAGUGGAAGAGAGAUCUGCUGAACAGACAUCCGAACCUGAAGCGGUCGUGGACGAGCAUGGAGGAGAGACUGAUAUGCCGCCGUUGCCAGCCUAUGAUGAAUCGCAGCCCAAAGAAGCAGAUGAUGUUGUCGAGAAGCUGGACAGACUUGGAAUCGAUAGCGCAGCUGGAGCAUCUAGCCAAUCCAUCCCUACCAUCAAGAUCUCCACAGAGUCAGAUCACGAGCGAGAAAAGGCCGAGCUGGAAACGUACAUGCGGGAACAAGACGAGAGUGGAACGAAGCAGGCGAAUGCGGAUGAGUCGGCGGAAGUUCACGCGCAAGCGAACGGAUCGGUCGCAGAAGUGAUUGAGCAAAAGGCUGCCCCUCAGCAAGUGCCACAUGUGCACGUGGACCCGCCACCGCUUGAGAAGCCUGCGCAAGCACAGCACCUUUCCGGCCAUACUCGGUCGGAUUCUUCGGCUGCUGCCUCUGCUGUUCACGCCGACGGCCCUGCAUCGACAUUGAAUGGACACAACGUACAAUCUGCUCACACGGCUUCUGGCGAAGCGCUGCAAAACGAGGACACGGCACACGCUCACGCUUCUGCUGGAUUCUCCUUCACCAACAAGAGGCUAUGCGAGAGGUGGUUGGAUAAUGCAUUCAUGGUGUUGUACGAGGAUCUGAGAGUGUACACCAUCUGGAGAGCGGAGAUUGUACACUACAGGUCUCAGAGCCUGCCGUACUCCAAGACUGGUACAGAGUGGGAGAUCUUGGGCGAGCUAGCGCUGAGGUUGAAUCACAAGGUGAGUGACGGUCACGAUCACUUUCGAAGCGAUAGCACCUGGCAUCUCAAUUACCGAGCGAAUGUCUGCUCUGCGCUUCCAGGAAGAGGCAAAGGACGCGUUCCAGAGAUGCGUGGACGGCAAGUUUUCCGCCAAGGCGCUGCUGCGCCUGCUGGAAAUCUUCUCGGAGCAGAAGGAUGUAGAACGGACCUUGUGGGCGGCUCUCCGAUUGACAGCCUACCAUCAUCGGUAAGUGUCCUGACGAAGCACAUUGCGUCACUUCAACGCCACCUCGUUGACCGACGCAUCGGUUCUGCGCACCACACAGAUGGUACAUGGAGGGCGCCUACCCCUCGGCAGUGGCCAAGAGCUUGUACAGGCUUAUCCGAGAAGUUGGUCUGAGCAAGGUCUCCUACACCCUCGUCUCUAUGAAUCCACCACAGCCGAUCUUACGGCUCAGUGAGUAGUGUCCUGCGGUCUGCUUCCCGCCUGCGCCUAGUCUAUGAAGCUGAUUUGGCCUCCUACAUUUCAUCUCUGUCCCCUCAUCGCAUGUCAGUGCAAAAUGUGAGUCGGCGAUCAUAUCCGGUCAGAUGUCUAGCGCGCGCUAAUGGCUAAUUGCGCCCUCCUACGCCUUUCCAGUACCUGGCCUACGCGCAGCUCUUUAGGAUAGCUGGCUGUAACAAUUGA